AUGCCUGGUCUCUGGAAAGAUCUACCGGAGAAGAUCCACCACAAGGUCUCUGAGAAUUGGAUCAACACUAUUCUCCUCAUCGCUCCGUUUCAGCUAGAUGAGUAUUCUUUAGUCUAUGUAGCUCGAUUUGAGAUGAUGAGGAUCUUGUCAAUGGAUCUUCGAAUAUCGAAUGCUGAUAUGCUCAACACUUUAAGGAGCAGGAGAAAUUGGAGCACAAGUUUUGAAACAUGA